UAUAAUUAUAUCUUGUUCAUCCACGACAAAAUCUUUCUAUCUUCUAGAUUUUCGUUUCAGUGUUUUCUCCAUUCCUUCUCAUAUCUCUUCUUUCUCCAUCAAAAUAUUUGUACUAUCCAUCUACUUGCAGUUAUUCACAAAGUACGGCGAUGGUUUUUCAGUGCUCUUCUCUACCAUCUCCUGCUAAGCAGUCUAAUAUUUCUUCAUGGCAACAAUUCUUCUCUAAAAGGUUCAAAUUCGAGGGGGAUCCAGUGAUGCUGCCACAUGAUCCAAAGAAUCUCAUUUCGUUUAGCCGGGGUGCUGUGUCUGCACUGUCUAAGAUUUAUGCAAAAUUUCCAGGAGAGCCAUCUAUGAACCAAUUGCAGAAGAGGAUUAACAAAAAAAUGUACAUUGAUGCGUCUCCACCACUUUCUGAAGAUGAUUACCAAAGCCUUCUUGUCAAUCAGGAAAAAUGUAUUGUCAGAUUCCCCGCCGUAGCAGUUCUUUUAACAAAUGCCAUGUUUAUGGCUAUGCCUUUGGAAGUUCUUUCAGAAACAUGUGAGGCAGAGAAGCCCUUCUUCAAUAUGCCCCUGCUUCUACUUGUAGCUCUAGUUGGGGCUACUGUUGGAGGGUUGGUUGCUCGACAACGAAAGGGGGAACUCCAACGACUUAAUGAACAGCUGCGCCAGAUUAAUGCUGCUCUUAGAAGACAAGCAAAAAUUGAGUCUUAUGCCCCUGGGUUGAGUUAUGCUCCUGCUAGUACUAGAAUCCCAGAAUCUGAAGUAAUAGUUGAUCCAAAGAAAGAUGAGCUGAUCACUCGACUGAAGGCUGGGAAAAAUCAUCUAAGGAACCAAGAUCCAGAGAAAGCAUUUACAGAGUUCAAGGCUGCUUUGGAACUGGCUCAGAGUUUGAAUGAUCCGAUCGAGGAAAAAAAAGCUGCCAGAGGCCUCGGGGCCUCAUUGCAAAGGCAAGGGAAGUACCGUGAAGCAAUCAAAUAUCAUAACAUGGUGCUGGGCAUAUCAAAGCGUGUAGGAGAUUUAUCAGGAAACACAGAAGCAUAUGGGGCAAUUGCAGACUGCUAUACCGAGCUUGGGGAACUUGAAAAGGCCGGAAAGUUUUACGACAAGUAUAUCGCUCGACUAGAAGAUUGAGAUGCUACAUAGUACAUACACAUUGGUGGCAUUGUCUUUUUGCUAAAAAUUGUAGAAAUAUGUUGGAUGUUUUCUCGAUCGGAAUAUCACUUUUUUUUACAUAAGUCGGUCAUUGAUAACCGACAUAUGAUAUGAGGCUCUACGAUAAGCAAAUUAUUAUCGAUUAAACUAGGAGAUUUACAAACUUAAAGUUGAACUUUCCAUUUUUUUUUUC